AUGCUCUGGAAAUUGUUGUGUCUAAUUACUCUCCUAUUCAUGGACGUUUCAUGUAGAUCUGUAGCAGUGAAAGGAAAUUUGAAAUGUGGAAAAUACCCGGCAGGUCAAAUUCUUGUGCGGUUGUGGGAUUCAAGUAGAGUUGAAGGCACCACAGAUAAGCUUAUCGACCAGACUCAUUCUGACAGCGACGGGAAUUUUAAAUUGACAGCUCAUGGAAGUUUAAAGAACGGUUGGCAGCCUAUACUUAGUGUGCAUCACGAUUGCGAUGAUGCUAAAAAUACUGGACGCCGAAUGUUGAAGUUCCGCCUUCCGAAGAGCUACAUAGAAGACGAUCUGGAGCAUUCCAGAAAACAUUUGAUCUGGGAAUCUUCAACUUGGAAGCUCAUAUCAUUGAAAGCGAGGAAAGAGUGGAGCAAAUCACCAGAAGAAGACGACAUCGUUCCCGAGCUCACAGAUCAGCUAAUCGCCAUCGCGAUCGCACCACCACUGCUCAACCACUUGAUCAAUUUGAUAAGAAUGAUUUUACUCACAAAGUUUCUACUACUUUGUGCCGUAUUCGGAUUCAGCUUUGCAUUUCGCAAACAGGGCGUGGCAGUGAAAGGUCGGCUUAUGUGUGGAGAGAAGCCGUUGAGGAACGCUAAAGUAGAAAUCUACGAUUUGGAUAGAAAUCCCGGCGACCCAGACGAUUUAUUGGAUGAGAACUUCAGCGACAAGGAUGGAAGAUUCGCGCUAACUGGAACAACUCGCGAAUUGACGGAUAUUGAACCAGUGCUCUACAUUUAUCACGACUGUGAGGACGGAAUAAGGCCAUGCCAAAAGCGGAUAACCAUCGACGUGCCAAAACGAUACAUUCACAGGGGGACGCCGUCAGCCUGGAUGGACGUUGGAACUAUGGAACUUUCUAUGACGUAUCCUAAUGAGGAUCGCAGUUGUAAAAACUGA